GCUUGGAUGUCAGGAUGACCCCAAAGUCUUCUGAUGGGAUCUCCAAUGAUCCAGAAGACAUUCCCACAAGGUUGCCGGCUGCCCGCUUAAGCCUCCUUGGUACCCCCAAUGAUGCCCGGCUCACCUCCUCACCUCAGAAGCCUCUGGACCUGAAGCAGCUGAAGCAGAGGGCAGCUGCCAUCCCUCCCAUUAUUUCCGAAGGCGCACUGGAGGGAGCGUUGCAGAGCGGAGCCACAAAAGCCCCCGUGCCUCCCCACACCUUGGCCCUCUACCAGCAGCAGAUCACCCUGGCCCAGGAGGAGGAGGAGGAGGAGGCUGCACUCAGCAAGCUGCCCCCCUCGGAGAAGGAGCCCCCCCUUUGCUCCAGCACCAGCAACAGCCCUCGGGGAGCUCCGCAUCGGAGCCCAGCUGAAGCAGAGAAAGAGGAAAAACCGGUGCUUUUCACGCCGCUUCCGGAUAGACAGAAGCAAGCGGGAGAACCCGCCACCCCAACCUGUUGGCCCCCGGUCCUCCCUUACCAAGGCGCCUCGAGGGACGUGAUCCGCACCUCCCCACACACCGAGUCUCACACAUUUCAAUAUAACCCUUCCGCAGCUCAUCCCAUCUCCUUGAAUGCUCACGAAAGUUCUCGGACUGGCCCACCACGGUUGUCAGCCAUCUCCAAUCCGCCUCCUCUGAUCUCCAACAAGCACCCCUCUGUUCUUGAAAGAACACCUGGUUGUAUCUCCCAGGGGAUCCCUCUACAGCUCCAUGGUCCAUUCAGCUCAGAGCAUGCAAAAGUCUCCAUCGGUUCUGUAGCUCUGCCUUUGACGAUGGAUCCCAAGAAGUUGGUGCCGUUUUCUGGAGUGAAGCAAGAGCAGCUUUCUCCUCGAAGUCAAACUUGUCAGCCUGAAAGCUUGGUUGUGCAGACCUCGCAGGAGAGCUCUGUUCUUCGAGGUAAGCCUCUUGAACGGUGGAAGCCGAUGAUGAUGAAUAGAAUAGAAUUAGAGUAGAAUAUAGGAAUAGAAUAGA